UUUUUUUUUCUUCCCUCUUACUCUUGCCAAAACCCCAGUGCCUGAUCUCUAACUCGGAUUAUAUACACCUUUGAGGGGAAAAUCUCCACUCAAGAAGAAGGAAGAUUGGCAGAUUUGACCUCCUGGUAGGGUGCCUUUCCCUAAGGGUUGAGAUUUUAAGUCACUUGGAUUCUUACACCUUUCCUUCAGUUCAAUCCCAUUGGCUCUUGGACUUUCCCUUUGAGCUCUGAUGCCUCAGACUUCCCUUUUAUCCUUGCUCAGGUGCUUCCUUGUACUCUUUCCAUGAAGGCAGGCAUCCCACCUCCAGUUGCCCCAUCCCUUAACCCUCCCCUGCUUUCCAUCCAGCCAAACUGGUUUGAGUCAGCCACACCCCCUUCCCAGCUCCUGGGGCUCCUCAGGUGGUGGGGUGGCCACUCAACCCCACCCCUGGGCUUGGCUUGGAGUCCUGAGUCAGCUCGUUCUCCACCCAAGCCAAAUCAAACCUGAGGCAGGAGCCGAAACUUACAGUCCCUCGAGGCGUGUAGCCAGGUAAGAGCCCCUGUUCCUUUUUACAUUUCUUCUGACCUCAACUCCCUGGACCUUCUUGUGUUCUCCACUGGCUGAGUGUAUCUGUUUACCUCAUUUUGAGUUCCUCACACCCAUUCCCUUGCACCUUUGUGCCCCACAUUAUUUUUUGGUCUUUUCUUGUCUCUGACUCCUUGAUCCAUUGUCACCCAUGUUUAGGGAGCUACACAUGGUGUCUCUUUGUCUAGGGUGUAGGGGAAUGGUUGGAAAUGAGGGUGGAAAGGUGGUUUGAUGCCAGAGCUCAGAGGACCUGAGGAGUAGGGAGAUGGGAAAUGGCAUAAGGCGUCAUGCAGGUUUCUGUUUAGGUGAUGAGAUCAUUUGGGAGUGUUUUAUCUAAUUAUGAUGGUGGCCUGGGUUAAAAUGGAAAGAAGGUGGAGGGAGUCACAUAUCAAAAGUGGUCCCAACUGGGAAAGUAAGGUCUUUCUGGUGUUCAGUUUCCUCAACUGUGUAUGUAUGUAUGUAUAUAUUUAUGUAUUUCUUGUGAAAACUCAGUUCGGGGGUGGGGUAAGGAAAGGUAAAAACUACCUAUCUAUGCCAUAGGUAAUUUUUAACCUUUCCUUACCCCACCCCCGAACUGCGUUUUCAUAUGAAAUGGCUGUUCUACUUGAAGUGGGGUGGAGGACCUAGGGUCCUGCUCUCUGAUCAUCCUUAAUACUCAGGGGCAACCUCUGAGGAACUUCCGGGAACCCUAAGACCCUUUGAAAUUCAAGGUGAAAUCACUGGCUUUGAUGGUCUCAGGUUCCUGGCAGCAUUUAGAAUUCUGUGUUUCCUGAUUCUCAGUGUGCACCUGUCAGUGCUUCUCUCUGCUUAUCAGUAAGUAACAGAUAAUGCUAUUCUCAAACCGGCUUGCCUUCAAAGACUUGAGGGAAUCUUAAAUUGAGGAAAAAAAGAUUGUAGCCACACAUUUCCUCUCCUGGUGUAUGAGUCACUAGAGGAAUCCCCCAGUAAGGCAGGAUUCCUGGAAGUUGGGCUAGGCCAUGAGGACAGACUGCUGUGAGAGGGGUGGAGUCUGACUGAGCAAGCCAGACGAAGGGCUCAGUUUGGGGCUUACAGGUACCUUGACUGUUGUCCACAGGUCAUGGAGGACGAGGAGAAGGCAAUGGAGAUCUUGGUGAGCAACACGGAGGCUGCUCAUCCUCCAUCCCCCAUCCACUGUUGCUGGCUCCGCCUCCGCUACUUGGCAGCUACUAGCAUUAUCUGUGGUUGUUCUUGCCUGGGAGUCAUGGCCCUUGUGUUUGCCAUCAAGGCAGAAGAGCGGCAUAAGGCAGGCCGGUCCGAGGAGGCAGUGCACUGGGGGGCCCGGGCCCGAAGGCUCAUCCUGGCCAGCUUUGCCGUCUGGCUCACAGUCCUUGUUCUAGGCCCCCUGCUGCUGUGGCUGCUCUCCUACGCCAUCGCCCAAGCUGAGUGACCCUGGGUAGCCUCUGCUGAAGGUCAGCUGAGACUUCCUGGAUCCUGGAAUGCGGCAUUGCUGGGGUCCAGUGCCAGCAGUGGCCCUUGUCUGGCUGGAAGGAUGGUGUCUCUCCCAUCCUUUGAGAAGAGAAGCUUUGAGAAAUGCUCUUCUAGCCCUGUGUAGGAGGAGGGCAGCAGUUGAGACUGAUGAGAGGAGGUUAGCCUGCUCUGUUCUUUCAGCACCCACUACCCCAUAUUCCCCCACCCCAUCCGAAGGGCCUUCGCUGAGAAGUAGAGUUGGAGACCAGGCCUGAUUUUAUUAUAAUUUUGUUUUGUAAUAAAAACCUUUUUUAGUGCUGAAAUGCUCUUGUCUAAUUGCUCUUCCCCUGCUUUCCCCUGGGCCCUUGGUGAGAGUCUGGCUAGACCUCUGACUGAGGGCAGAGCCUGGAUCUCAUCAUCCAGGAGCUCUUUUUCUGCAAGUUUCCUUUCUUGGAAAGACCCUAGCUUCUCCUUCACAUUUCAACAGAGGCCCUGAGGCCAGGGAGGAUGAGUAGUAGCAGCAGCUACUCUUUAUUGAGUAUUUGCUAUGUUUUAGGUGUGUUCUAAGCACUUUAUAUUUCUUAACUCCUUCAGUCCUCAUGAUAACACAAUAGUAGUUAAAAUUGUUCUCAUUUUAUAGCUGAGAAGACUGAGGCACAGAUUUGCCCAAGGUCAUACAGCUAGUAAGUGGCAAUGCAGUGAUUAAACCUAGACAUUUUGGUCCCAGAGUUGAGAGAAAAGUAAAAGGGUUGGGUAACAGCAGCAACCACGGUAUAUGUAUUUAUAUAGAUUUCAAUGAAUUUUUACAUCGGAUACCUUGGGCCUCAAUAAUCUUUAACCUUUUUUUUUUCAAUUGUGCAGUGUGUCACACAUACAGAAAAGUACCUAAAACAAAUGUACAGCUCAGUACAUUAACACAAAGCAAAUAGCUGAAUAACCACCAUUCAGUCAAGAAAUCGAGCACCGCCAGCACUCCAAAGUUCUUCAUGAAUCUGCCAGUCACCACCCCUUCCUUUCUUCCCACAGGAAGUACCAUGCUGACUGCUAACAAUGUAGUUUAAUUUUGCCUGUAUUUGAACUUUAUAUAAAUGGAACUAUAUUCUUUUUAUGUCUGGCUUCUUUUACUUAACGUUAUGUUUGUGAGAUAGUCUAUGUAGCUGUAGUUUUUAUUGCUGUAUAAUAUUUUAUUAUAUGACUAUAUCACAGUUUAUCCAUUUUCUGUUGCUAAACUUUUGUGGUGUUUCCAAUUUGGAGAUACUAUGAUUCAUGUAGCUGUGGACAUUCUGGUAAUAUUUCUUGGUGUACAUAUGCCUUGGAAAUGGAAUUUUUGGGUUACCUCACCACAAUUCAGAGACCAGCAGAGCACCUAAAGGACUUAGAGAUGUUGCAUACUGAAGAGAGAAGAUUAGAGGGAAAGAAGAGACACACGAUGGUGGUCUUCAGUGUUCUGAAGGGCUCUAGGAAGGAAGAGUGACACGAAUCCAUUGGUGGUCCCAGAGGUUAGGAUUAUGACGAUGGGUAGAAGCCAUAUAUAGGGCAGUGGUUCUCAACCUUGGCUUCACAGUAGAAUCAUCUGGGGAGCUUUAAAAAAUACUCCAGAGGUUAUAAUUUAAUAGGUGUGAGGUACUGUGAGGACAUCAGGAUUCUUUAACCUUACUGAUUCUAGCACCAUUGUUUGAGAUCCACUGCUCUUUAGAAAAGAUUUGGUUGUAUUCACUCUACUAGUCCCUAAAUGAGGAAAGAAAGGUAACGCAUUUAAAAGACAAAUGGGAAAAAAAAGUUAAGCUAAUGCUUGAUUAAUUAGGAGUGUCAGUUUACUAGAAGAGAAUAUUCCAUUCCCCCAGACUCUAGUUAAUUUUGACAAUGUUUCAAUCCUACAGAACUAUGAAAGAUUAGUACAAUGAACGUCUGUAUACCCUUCACCAAGAUUUAUAAUUUUUAACAUUUUUCCACAUUUGCUUUAUGUCUUUAUAUAUAUGCAUAUUGUUAAUGCUGAACUAUUUAAGGGUAGUUUGCAGGCCCUACAUCCCUAAAUACUUCAUGAUUGUAAGAAUGGCAUGGGGGUGUCUGACCUCCUCUGACUUCACGAUGGGGGAGAAUCAGCAUCAGUAGCCCAAGGCUGAUUCCUAUGAGGCAGAAGUUAGACAAACCUCUCUCCAACCUUUUUACCAAUUCUGACACUGUCCAUCCAUCCCACCGGACUUUCUACUUCUCUGCUAUGUUCGAUAAUUCAUUGCAGUGGCCACACAGAACUCAUAGACAGUAUUCACAAUUAUGGGGCUUAUUAGGGAAGUAAUAGGUUACAAUUGAGGCUCAGGAACAACUCAGGAUACAGUUCUUCAAUGAUGAUAGCUUCUUCUCAGCCAUGCCCCCAGGCAGGCCUCUCUCUGGUCUUUGGCCCUUCGGGCCUGGCUGCUGCCAUGCUUGGGCAAGUGUUACAAAGCUCUUUGGCUCCACCAAUAAGUGCCCAGAGGCACUUCACCCUGCUGGUAAGCCUCGGCCUGAACGCACAGGUUAGGAGCCUAGCUCCACCAAAUGCCAGGAGGCACCCCAUUCCACAGGAAGCCUCCUGCCUGAAGGCACUCAGCUCUCUUGCUCUGUGUGACAUUUUUGAAGUGAGAUCACUAGUUGUAGAAUGUCACUCAACUUAGAGUCUGAGGCAUUUUUGGCAGAAAUACUACAUAAAUGGCGUGUCGUCAGUACAUCUCAUCAGGAGGCACGUGAUGUUGGUUCUGUUAUUGGUGGUGGUAACAUUGACAACUUGGUUGAGGCAGUGUCUGUCUUUAAAAAUAAUCUGUAUAAAAAAGUUAAUCUGUGUAAAUACCGUGCUCCCCAGCACAUUUCCACCAAUGAUUUUAGUGCCCGUUAAUUUUGCCCAAAUCAUUUAUUACCGAGUCCUGAAAAAUGUUGUUGUUCUAACUUCAUCAUUCCUUCUACAUUUUUUAGUUGGCAUUCUGCUAUCAAGAAAAUACUUUUCUCCCCUCUUUAUUACAGUGUUCACUGUCAGCGUGGACUCAGAUUGUUUUUAAUUCAAUUUGUCGUAUCUGUUACUGUCAUUAUCCUCAAUUUUUUUUGUUGAGGUAGUAUUUACAUUAAAGUGCAUAGAUCUUAAGUGUGCAGCUUGAUGAGUGUUUAUAUAUGAUUGUUCCCAGGUGAACAGAACAUUUCCAGCACAUCAGAAGGCUCCUUCAGGGCUCUCUCAGUCUUGUUAUUCAUUUUGUCCCUGAUUUGAUCACUGGAAACCCCUUCAACCUGGUGACUGUGUUCUUUUGAUAAGUGAUAAGUCCUAAUCAUUCUGAGUACUUCCUACCUUUUUGGCACAAACUGUUCCAUGUUCAUCUUGUACUUUCCCUGCACUGGUCUGGGAACUGGCCACUCUCCCAAGAAGUCUUGGUUCCUCUUAGUGAGGGCUGUUACAGUUAUUUUAAAAAUCAAUAUCUGGACCUUAGGUGUGCUCAUUUUAAUGGGAUGUUAAUGCUCCUGGUGGUGCAGUGGUUAAAACACUUGGCUGCUAACCAGAAGGUCACAGUUUGAACCCACUAACAGCUCCAUGGGACAAAGAUGUGGCAGUCGGCUUCUGUAAAGAUUACAGCCUUGGAAAUCUUAUGGGGGUAGUUCUACUCUGUCCUAUAGGGUCACUAUGAGUUGGAAUCAACUCAAGGGCAAUGGGUUAGGAACUUCCAGAGGUCAGAGCUAGAAAAUAAUCUAAUUUUAUCUAUUUUAACCCAUUUUUUAAUCAUACUUCCAAUUUCAACCCAACAUUCUAGGAUUCUUCCUGUCCUUUCCCCAACCCCAAAUUCUUAAAUUCCAUAUGCAUAUAGCAAAAACCCUGGCUCCCAACUACAUCAAUAUGUUUAUUAACUUGCUCAUUUUCAGAAUGAUUACCCCAUUUUACUACCAACAACAAACCUACUAAAAGCUCGAGAUUUCUUUGCAGUACUUUUGUCUUUAGAUUUAUGGUAUAAAGUCCAAGUAUUCUGUUAAGUUACUUGGAUUCGUUUUUCUCCCCUUGCAUGGUUUGUGAUCCCAAAGUGACAUUUCUUAGCUGUCUGGAGACUAAAUGUAUUCAUUCUAAGCCUCAUUCGCUGGAACAUAACCUCCACAAGGGUAGGGACUUGUUUGUAUUGUUAGCCCAGUGCCUAGCGCCUCGAUGUUGAACAAAUAUUUGUUGAAUGACUAAGUGAAUGCCAGGGCUGAGCUAUGUGCACUGAGAAGGCUUAUUAAGUCGCUCUUGGCGGAAGUUCACAACCUGGUGGGCUUAGAACACAAUGUGAUAACACCCAAAGGCUUUUGGGAAGGAGUGGUGGAAGCUUGGGAAGCUGUGUCACCCCAGGUGGGGAACGCUGGGGCUUUGGAGGUACUCAGUGGGAGCCGGAGAGGCUAUGGGAUGAGGCGGUCCGUUCUGGCUGAGGGGCCGUGGCUUGUCCCAGCCUGCAUCAAGUGACCGAGCUGGGGUCUAGGCUGCCUGCGUUCGAGCGUUUUCAGGACUCCAGGCGGGCCAAUAUGAAAAAAGCCAAAUUCAGACAGGGAUGCUAGGAGGAGACUGUAGGGAGAGCCGUCUCAAGUCCAGCAACAGGAGGCGCAGGAAAACCCUGCGUCUGGGCUGCCGGGAGGUCACGCUUCCAGGGAAACCUAACUUCCGGGUCCCAACCCGGGCCUCCAACACCACUUGACAACAAGCUCCACCCUCUGUCGCGUGCGGUGAUUGGUUGGAUCUGAAGACCCGCCUCAGCGUCUUAGUCCUAGGUAACUUCAAGCU